UUUACUUUUACAGGUGAGCGUGUGCUGUGCUUUCAUGGGCCUCUUCUUUAUGAAGCAAAGUGUGUGAAGGUUGCCAUAAAGGACAAACAAGUGAAAUACUUUAUACAUUACAGUGGUUGGAAUAAAAAAAGUGCUGGGAGGCCCAGGCGCUCUGAACACUCUUUGAAGACCCGUGAGGAUAUUGUAGGCCUUUUUCCUGUUCCUGAAGGAGCCCCCUCAGUACACCACCCCCUCCUGACCUCUAGUUGGGAUGAAUGGGUUCCAGAAAGCAGAGUACUCAAAUACGUGGACACCAAUCUGCAGAAACAGCGAGAACUUCAAAAGGCCAAUCAGGAACAGUAUGCGGAGGGGAAGAUGAGAGGCGCCGCCCCGGGGAAGAAGGCCGCCGGCCUGCAGCAGAAGAGCGUCGAAGUGAAAACCAAAAAGAAUAAACAGAAAACUCCUGGAAGCGGGGACGGCGGCAGUACCAGCGAGACGCCUCAGCCUCCGCGCAAGAAAAGGGCCCGAGUGGACCCGACCGUUGAGAAUGAGGAAACAUUUAUGAACAGAGUCGAAGUGAAAGUAAAGAUUCCCGAAGAGCUGAAACCGUGGCUUGUUGACGACUGGGACUUGAUCACCCGGCAGAAGCAGCUCUUUUAUCUUCCUGCCAAGAAGAACGUGGAUUCCAUUCUAGAGGAUUAUGCAAAUUACAAGAAAUCUCGAGGAAACACAGAUAAUAAGGAGUACGCCGUGAACGAGGUGGUGGCCGGGAUCAAGGAGUACUUCAACGUGAUGCUGGGCACGCAGCUGCUCUACAAGUUCGAGAGGCCGCAGUACGCGGAGAUCCUGGCGGACCACCCGGACGCGCCCAUGUCCCAGGUGUACGGGGCGCCGCACCUGCUGCGGCUGUUCGUACGGAUUGGAGCCAUGUUGGCCUACACCCCUCUGGAUGAGAAGAGUCUCGCGUUGUUGCUGAAUUAUCUUCAUGAUUUCCUGAAAUACCUGGCAAAGAAUUCUGCAACCUUGUUUAGUGCCAGCGAUUACGAAGUCGCUCCCCCUGAGUACCAUCGGAAGGCCGUGUGAGGCGCGGCGCUGACACGCUGUUUGGAUUUCUGUAAACACAUUUUUGUUUAGUCCUCCUCUUGUACAAAUGACGUACUUUGCAAAUGUUAGUGUAUAACAGAAUUGAUGUUUGUUUUCUGUUUGAACUUAAGCAGAGAAAAUAAAAGGGGUUAUAGCUCCUUUUUUCUUUUCUUUUUUCCUUCAUUUCAAAGUCGCUACCAGUGUAUUCAGUGAUGGACAACGAGAGACAUACUGUAGAGUGUUUUAUUGCCUAGUCGACAAAGCUGCUUCUGAAUGCUGGUGGUCCUAUCCCUUUGACACUACGCACUUUUAUGAUAUGUGUUAAUGCUGUAUGACACACUGCUCUGAUUCCUAGUGCCAAAGGUUCGAUUCCGUGGAUAUACCUGAACACGCUCGUCCGUUUGUGCUCCUUUUUUUAUGGUGCUUCAAGUAAAGAGCCCAGCCCGCAGGCCGUCCGUGCUGUCCCUUAGGCAUCGUCCCUUUGCUCCGGUUGUGGAAGAACGGUGGCUUGUCCCAUGGUUUUGUAUUUGUGUCUGAUGCACGUGUUAACAUGAUAGACGCAAUGCAUUGUGUAGCUACGGUUUUCUGGAAAAGUCAGUCUUUUAGGAAUUGUUUUUCAGAUCUUCAAUAAAUUUUUUCUUUAAAUUUCAAA